CCCUGCUUGGAUUCCCCUGACAUGGUGUGAGAGGCGGAGAGCGAGCCCAGGACGGGAAGAGGGGCGAUCGAUGGUUUACGAGGCUGCCUAGGGAGAAAGAGCCGCUCUCAGCCUGGGAGAAGGUGUAGCUGAACUUUGAGGAAGGGACUUGGCUGUUUUCCACCCAGUGUCAAAAGUUUAUAUGGAUCAACUCGUUAAUCAGCUGUAUAGUCUGAAGAGCAUCAGUAAAGAUCAGCAUUAAGUCUCCUUUUCCAGUGCUUUAGCAGUGAGUACCCUUGACAAGCAGGAAGAUGAUGAAUGACGCAAGUGACAUGCUGGCUGCAGCUUUAGAACAGAUGGACGGCAUUAUAGCAGGUUCCAAGGCUUUGGAGUAUUCCAAUGGUAUAUUUGAUUGUCAAUCCCCUACCUCCCCAUUCAUGGGGAGCCUGCGAGCACUGCAUCUUGUGGAGGAUUUGCGUGGUUUAUUAGAGAUGAUGGAAGCGGACGAAAAAGAAGGACUGCGAUGUCAGGUCCCAGAUUCUACAGCAGAAGCUUUGAUUGAAUGGCUCCAAAGCCAAAUGACUAAUGGACAUAUAUCUGGUAAUGAAGAUGUAUAUCAAGAAAGGCUAGCGCGUCUGGAAAAUGACAAGGAAUCUCUUGUUCUGCAAGUAAGUGUACUUACUGACCAGGUGGAAGCACAAGGAGAAAAGAUUCGAGAUUUAGAGUUCUGCCUAGAGGAGCACAGGGAGAAGCUGAAUGCCACAGAAGAGAUGCUGCAGCAGGAACUUCUGAGUAGAACAUCCCUUGAAACUCAGAAAUUGAACCUUAUGGCAGAAAUUUCCAAUUUGAAGCUAAAGCUAACUGCUGUAGAGAAGGACCGAUUAGACUACGAAGACCGAUACGGGGAGACAGAGUCACUCCAUAACGUAAUAGCAGAACUCAGACAACAGAUGGAGAAAGUGGAGGUGGAACUAGCACUGUUCCAGGAAAAGAGGUUACAGUAUGGGGAUCAAGAGGGUUUGAUGCAGGAAAUCAAUGAAUUACGGUUAAGAGUGGGAGAGAUGGAUAAUGAAAGACUUCAGUACGAGAAGAAGCUUAAAUCCACCAAAUCUUUAAUGGCCAAACUUUCUAGCAUGAAAAUCAAAGUGGGUCAGAUGCAGUAUGAAAAGCAGCGGAUGGAGCAAAAAUGCCAGAUAUUAAAGGAUGAGCUGGCAUCUUUGAAAGAGAAAUUGGAACAGAAGGAAGCAGAAGUAAGAAAGUUGCAAGAAAAAUUGGUGUGCAAGAUGAAAGGAGAAGAAGUUGAAAUAACGGACAGAGAUGAAAAUUUUAAAAAGAAGCUCAAAGACAAAAAUAUAGAGGUACAGAAAAUGAAGAAGGCUGUGGAGUCUCUAAUGGCAGCGAAUGAAGAAAAGGAUCGGAAGAUAGAAGAGCUGCGACAAUCCCUGAAUCGGUAUAAGAAAGUGCAAGACAUGGUAAUAUUGGCUCAGGGAAAAAAAGGCAAAGAAGGCGAAUUUGAAGAAUUUUUAAAUUCAGGAUCUGUUUCAGCGGUUUUAUUGGACAUGCAGAGUUUAACUGAUCAAGAGAAAAGCCCAUCUCCUGUCCCAGUAAUCAGCUCUCCGAGCCAUGAAGAGUUUAACACUACUGUUCCCGAAGAGAACUCACUACAAAUUCACACCAGCAUCUUGCAAGUUUCAAUCCCCGCUUUUCCACCAGCACCCGAAAGCCCAGAAGCAGCUACCGAAAAAGUAAAAGCACAGCCUAAACCAGAAGUUGCAAGUGAAGUGAGUGAAGGGACAACAUCAUGUUCCUCCGUAGAAACACAGCCAUGUGACAGUCCCUUAGUGUCAGCCCUGCAAAAAUCCAGCAGUCUGGGCAAUUUGAAGAAAGAGGCAUCAGAAAUGGACAAAGAACCUGUACAGAAACCAGCAGAGACUAAAGCUCCCAUGGAAGGUAACAAGUGUGGAACCCUUCCUCCAAAAUCCCCAAGCCAUAGUGGUACCGGAGAUGAGGACAGUUUUGGUACCCGAAAAGCCAGAUCUUCAUUUGGACGAGGCUUUUUCAAGAUAAAAAAUAACAAGAGGACAGCAAGUGCACCUAAUUUGGAUCGCAGUCGAAGUGCAAGUGCACCUACGUUAGCUGAAACAGAAAAGGGAUCUGCAGAUCACUUGGACCUAGCUGGUUUGCCCCCUCGACCGAAAGAAACUGAUAGCGGGCAGCUGUCUCCCUCUUCUCCAGACUCCAAGAAGAAAGCCAGAGGAAUCAAGAAACUAUUUGGAAGGCUUAAAAGGAGCCAGUCUACCACAUUUAACCCGGAUGAUAUGUCUGAGGCAGAGUUCAAAAGAGGAGGGACAAGAGCGACUGCAGGACCAAGACUGGGCUGGUCUCGAGAUCUUGGGCAGUCUAACAGUGACCUGGAUAUGCCAUUUGCUAAAUGGACAAAGGAGCAAGUUUGCAACUGGCUCCAGGGCCAGGGGUUAGGUUCAUACAUGAAUCAUGGCAAACACUGGAUACUGUCUGGGCAGACUCUCUUGCAAGCUUCUCAGCAGGAUCUGGAAAAGGAACUUGGAAUAAAGCAUCCUCUGCAUCGGAAGAAACUUCAGCUCGCUCUUCAGGCACUGGGGUCAGAAGAAGAAAACAAUCAUGGAAAACUGGAUUACAACUGGGUUACCAGGUGGUUGGAUGAUAUUGGACUUCCCCAGUAUAAGACUCAAUUUGAUGAAGGAAGGGUGGAUGGUCGAAUGCUCCAUUACAUGAGCGUUGAUGACUUGCUGUCCCUGAAAGUUGUUAGUGUCCUUCACCAUCUUAGCAUUAAAAGAGCCAUCCAGGUCCUGAGAAUAAAUAACUUUGAACCCAACUGUCUGCGCAGGAGGCCAUCUGAUGAGAACAACAUCACCCCAUCAGAGGUUACUCAGUGGACUAAUCACCGUGUAAUGGAGUGGUUACGCUCAGUUGACCUAGCAGAAUAUGCACCUAAUUUGAGAGGGAGUGGUGUGCAUGGUGGACUUAUGGUCUUGGAACCUCGUUUUAAUGUGGAAACCAUGGCGCAAUUGCUGAACAUCCCACCAAACAAGACACUGCUGAGACGCCAUUUGGCAACCCAUUUCAAUUUACUGGUUGGUCAGAAUGCCCAACAUCAAAAGCGUGAAGCCAUGGAAUCUCCAGACUAUGUCCUUUUAACUGCUACUGCCAAAGUGAAGCCAAAAAAGCUUGCCUUCAGCAAUUUUGGAAGUCUGAGGAAGAAGAAGCAGGAUGAUGUGGAAGAGUAUGUGUGCCCGAUGGAACUGGGACAGGCAUCUGGAAGUGGAUCUAAGAAAGGAUUUAAGGCUGGCUUGGAUAUCCGAGUGUAUGACGAUGACGAUUUGGAUAGACUGGAGCAGAUGGAAGAUUCAGAAGGGACAGUGAGGCAAAUAGGAGCAUUCUCUGAAGGCAUCAACAACUUGACACACAUGUUAAAAGAAGACGAAAUGUUUAAAGACUUUGCUACUUGCUCUCCUAGCGCCAGUAUAACAGAUGAAGAUUCAAAUGUGUGACAGAAUACCAAUAAAGAAUUCAAUUUCGUAUAUGCUAGGAACAUCAUCGUUAUAUGUGAUGGGCAGCAGAUCAUGUACAUUACAUUGCUCUUGCUUCUGUUUGUUAGAAGUGAUAUUUUUGGGUGGAUAAGGAGAAAAGGUGCCUAUUCUAAAGUUGCCAUAAAAGAUAAACCAACCAGACACUGGUGAGUGGUAGUAUGAUUGUUUUAACUAUAUUUAAUGUACAAACCUGUGACAUAUAUUCCAAAGUAUUGCAUUUACAAUUUGCUACCAUAAUGCUCUUUGUUUAUUCAUGUAGUGAAAUGUACUGUUUCAAAAUAAUAUGAAACAUGUAACUUGUAAAUAACCUGCGUCCGCACUCAGUGUGGCUUUCAGCUGAAAAAAAGAUAUCACUGGUGCCCUAUUUUAAUAGAUAUGUCCAAAGUAAAUACCAGUUAUUUCUUUUAGUAUCCAGGUCCCACUGCCCUACACAAAACUCAAGGUAACUCUUGACUGUUGCUGUCUUAUUUUUAUACUGUUUUAUAAAAAAAAAAAUUAUAUGAAGUGCAUGUAAAGCAGAAAUUUUAUUUUGUGACAUAAAGUGGUGAAAGGUUCAAUUGUUUUUUUAAAGGGAUGAUCCCAGUUUGCAAACCAGCUGGUUACUGGAAAAGUCGUACUGACCUUUGAACUGUUUGCUUGCUUUCAUUUUUAAUUUUUGCUAAGUGUUGUCAACAUUUUUAGGUUUGGGAUGAAGCUAUUGUGAAAUGUAGAUCUGCUUGCAUCACAUUUCUAAAUCUGUAAUAUCUGAAAUUUCUCUACUUUUCUUUUUUCCUCCAGCAGCAGCUAUUAACAUUAAAAUAAGGUUUUAAUGGUUUUAAAAAUAUUCUGGAAAAUUCACAUCUUGAAAUUGAGGAAUGCGCAGUGUGGAGAAGGAUAUUUCUGUGUUGUGUUUCCAAUAGGAUGGCUUGUAUAGUUGCAAAAGUUAUGUAGAGAAACAUAUAGGAAAUGUAUAAUUUCCCAGCAUUAAACCUAAGGUAGGGUUUUGCCUCAAGAAUAAGUCCAAUACCAAAACACGUUACCUAAUACUUAUGCCUCUGUAAAGCACAACUCCUUUCUGCUUUGAAAUAAUCAGGUUUCUAAAAUUCUAACUAGCCAGUGAAAAUCUUUUGUUGGACGUUCUAUAGAACAUGAUAGUUCUUACCAAAAAAUGCUAGCUCUUUGUCUGUUAAAAUGAUGAUUGUUAAGGUGUUGAAUGUUGCAUGUAUUGUAGCACAGUGGCAUGAUGCUUCAUUACUUGUGAAGAAAAACUACAGCUAGAUUAAUUACCUUACCGUGUUGUGUGCUUUAACAGACGGGUUUUAUUAAGCUUUUCAUCAUAGUUCUUGUUACAAGCAUUGGGAAGGAGCUGUUCUAGACAAAUUGCUUAUUACAGUCUAAACAAUGUUAGAUUUAUGGUAAUUUCAGUACAUCUGAUGUAUUGUUACAGAAGUUGGGAAGGCAACAGAGACGUUAUCAAGAUUUUUAAUGUGGGCUUCUACAAGUUGCUGGGAGGGAUUUGAGACUUUCUGAUGUUUAGUAGUAUAACCGUAUACACUGUUACCAAUCUGUUUUUUUAAAGGAUGGACAGCCUAAGUUUAUAUUUAUUUAUAACUACAAUAAAUUCAAUAGAACCAAUUACAUUAUGUAUUACAUUGAACUCUGCCAUUCGUUCCUGACUAACUAGAGAAGGCAAAUAAUUCAUAAUGAAUUAUUUAUUCAUUAUUCAAAAUUAUUGACGGAAUAAUUUCUGCAAAUAAUUCUUGGUCAAUAGCAGGGGUUCUCAAACUGGGGGUCGGGACCCCUUAGGGGGUCGUGAAGUAUUACAUGGGGGGGGUCGCGAGUUGUCAGCCUCCACCCCAAACCCUGCUUUGCCUCCAGCAUUUAUAAUGGUGUUAAAUAUAAAUGUUUUUAAUGUAUAAGGGGGGGGGGUCACACUCAGAGGUUUGCUAUGUGAAAAAGGGAUCACCAGUAAAAACCAUUUGAGAGCCACUGGCCUAGAGCUUGUUCAUCAGCAAUUUCUUGUGAUGAUUUUAUAUCUGAGCUAUUUUGAUUGGACAGGUAGGUCACAUGGUAAGUGUCUGUUCCAUGACUGGCUAAGUGUAACACUUGGAAUAAGGUCUCCAGUGAAUUUUAAGUUUGCUUUUUCUGUGAAUAUCUGCAGUAUAAUUACUAUUUGUUUUGAAGUAGUGCCCAACCAAGGAUCUUGUGCUAGGCACUGCACAAACACAAGAAGACAUGGGCCCCUGCCCUUAGGAACCAAUAGUUGCUUAAAAUUCACUCGUUUGCAAACUCUCUUGGAAGUGACCACAAUAGUUAAAAUAUUCACAGAAAGAGAUCCCAAGGGGAUUAUAAACAUAAAUAUUGAAACAAAUAUUCACAGAAAGCAGUUUUUUCCCCCCAUCCAGCCCUAUCAAUAAGCCUAUUUGAGAGCUUUAGAUGUUCAUUUGUUUUUAAUUUAAUGUAAAUAGAAGUCUAUUCAAAAUCAUUCUUUUCAGCAGUUUACUGGUUGGAAAAAGGCCAUCCUAUCCAAGCUACCUAUCAUCUGAACUUUGAUUAUUUUAUGGAGAGAGUAAUAUAAAUGCUAAAAUAAAGUCAGGAAGUUAAAACAAACAUACACUUCUUAUGAUAUUUUACAUUUUGUGUGUAAAGAGGGCAACAUAAACUAAUAUGUAUUGCUGUGUAAAAGCAAAUAAAGUCUGUUGGAAAAUACCAAAUA